UAAAUAAGACCUUUCCCAGCGACCCAGGAUCAAAAUUUUCGCCCUCUAAUUCACUUCCUUAAUUCUUUUCCGUGCCGUUAUUUGCUCGCACGAUCCCGGCCGAGGACGAGAAACCCGCCAGGAGGUCUGGAGCUAGGGUUUCUAUCGCUCUCCGAUUCGGUUCUCCGAGAACUUGUCGUGCAUUUCAUAUUUACUAUUGCAACUGAUGUCAAGAGGGGUUUCUUCUGUAAGUCUGAUAUGAUGGCGUUGCGUUUAGAGUCCUGGAAGGCUUUCUUGAACAACUAUAUAGGAUUCUCUUAAUCUGCUCCAACUGCUAUAAUGAUGCAAAGGAAGUCUCUUUUGAAUCCAUAUGCCACUCCCUAUGUGCCUCUCUCAAAGAUUGUGCCUGGAGUGAGUUCUGAAAGAGAGAAUAGGGCCACUCUGUGUGAUUCUGAAAACAAUGAAAUCAUUGAGAAGUCUGCAGACUACCAGCUACCAGACUCUGUUUCUGUGGAUUAUGACAUCCAAGGCUUAGAGAAACUUGAAGUUUCUGAUGAGCCAUCCUCAAAGAUUGGUGACCCCUGGAAUUCUGAUGACACUUUCCAAGAUGUGAUUCCAAGAAGUGAGAAGCAAAGUGCGGUGGAGGAUUCCACUCUGAUAGUAGAGUUGCUCUCAUCAAUGUUUCCUGAUAUUUCUAUAGAAUCACUUGCUGAAUUGUUCAAUGCAAAUCAGGGUGAUCUGAAUCAGACAAUCUAUGUGCUGGAGCAGCUUGAGUAUGGAGGUUAUGAGGUGGAGAACUCUGCUGAAACUUCUGAGACCAGCAAUAGUUUGGAUGAUCCUCCUGAGAAAGCUAAUGCAAGCGGGACAAUCAGCUCAGUUUGAUCUGCCCAAGUGGAUCAAAAGGUUGACCAUCUAUGGUGCACAUUCUGUAUAUGGUAUGCUGUAAGUUCUGUUGAGGGUAGCACAGGGUGUUAGAUCUUUUCUCUUUGACUGAGGGUUUUCACCUCAAAUAUGCCACCUGAAGUGUGUAGUAUGGUCUUGAAUUGUUAAUGGUUGCACGAAGGUUCGUCAUUUUAGUACCGGAUUCCGUACCAAUAUUAUACUAAUAUAUCAAUUUGAUAUUGGUAUGGCAUAGCACGGUGCUGACGGUAUGAUAUAUGUUGGGUUGUACGGCUCUUUUCUGCCUUGUCUCAUUGGUCAUUGCUGCUCCUGUAGAUUUCACCCUUCAUCAACGGUCAUGAAUUUCUCCUACAU